UUCACAGCUGUGGAAAAAUAUUGGGUGAGAUAGGGAGAGGAAGAGUAAACGGAGCGGACAGCUUCCGCCUCACCAUCAAGGAAGAGUGGGAAUCCGGUAAGAAUUUGUAUUAUACCGGAACUGGGGCGAGGGGCCCGACGUGUGAAGGCUGACGGUGACUUGUGUAUGAGAUGCACAACAAACUGCUUCAGAGGUGUAAGUGGAUUAUAAAUGCUACAGGACUGACGACUGGAGACGCAAAGAAAAGGAGAUUUGUUUCCAGCCACAUAAAAUAUCCACCGAGACUUCAUGCUUUUAUCUUAUCCGGUACUGUUGUGAAGAAUUCUCUUCACUGUGCAUGGACAGAAAACCAAUGCGUAGGUGUCUCAGUACUCGUCCAGGGGAGACUGGUAUGGACGUGACGAGUCGUUGUACCCUGGGAGACCCGAACAAACUACCAGAAGGGGUCCCUCAGCCGGCCCGCAUGCCUUAUGUCUCGGACAAACAUCCCCGACAGACUCUUGAGGUCAUUAACCUCUUGCGCAAGCACAGAGAGCUCUGUGAUGUUGUACUUGUGGUUGGCACCAAGAAGAUCUAUGCACACCGUGUCAUCUUGUCCGCUUGUAGCCCUUACUUUCGCGCCAUGUUCACCGGAGAGCUGGCUGAAAGUCGACAAACGGAAGUUGUUAUACGGGACAUUGAUGAACGAGCCAUGGAACUGCUGAUAGAUUUCUCCUACACUUCGCAAAUCACGGUGGAAGAGGGUAACGUCCAGACUUUGUUACCGGCUGCUUGUCUUCUUCAGCUGGCGGAGAUUCAGGAGGCUUGCUGCGAGUUCCUAAAGCGCCAACUCGACCCAUCUAACUGCUUGGGCAUCCGGGCCUUCGCCGAUACCCAUUCUUGCCGAGAACUGCUGAGAAUUGCUGACAAAUUUACCCAACACAACUUCCAGGAGGUUAUGGAAAGUGAGGAGUUCAUGCUUCUCCCAGCCAAUCAGCUGAUAGAUAUCAUUUCCAGCGACGAGUUGAACGUACGCAGUGAGGAGCAAGUCUUCAAUGCUGUUAUGGCCUGGGUCAAGUACAGCAUCCAGGAGCGGAGGCCACAGUUACCACAGGUUCUACAGCAUGUCCGUCUGCCACUACUGAGUCCUAAGUUUUUGGUUGGGACCGUGGGAUCUGAUCCGCUCAUUAAAAGCGAUGAAGAGUGCAGGGACUUAGUAGAUGAAGCCAAGAACUACCUUCUAUUGCCCCAGGAGCGGCCUCUGAUGCAAGGUCCCCGGACCAGACCUCGUAAGCCUAUUCGCUGCGGUGAAGUGCUCUUUGCAGUGGGAGGCUGGUGUAGCGGAGAUGCCAUUUCAAGUGUAGAGCGCUACGAUCCUCAGACUAAUGAAUGGAGAAUGGUGGCUUCUAUGAGCAAACGGCGCUGUGGGGUUGGAGUCAGUGUUCUAGAUGACCUCCUUUAUGCAGUUGGUGGACACGAUGGAUCCUCGUACCUAAACAGCGUAGAACGGUAUGACCCAAAAACGAAUCAAUGGAGCAGUGAUGUGGCCCCUACCAGUACUUGCCGGACAAGUGUUGGGGUUGCUGUGCUUGGGGGAUAUCUUUAUGCUGUUGGGGGUCAGGAUGGCGUCUCUUGCCUCAAUAUUGUGGAACGGUAUGACCCGAAAGAGAAUAAAUGGACACGUGUUGCCUCUAUGAGUACCCGGAGACUUGGUGUGGCCGUUGCUGUCCUGGGUGGCUUCCUCUAUGCCGUUGGAGGGUCUGAUGGAACAUCCCCUCUAAAUACUGUGGAAAGGUAUAAUCCUCAGGAAAACCGCUGGCACACAAUAGCACCCAUGGGAACCCGUCGCAAACACCUUGGCUGCGCCGUGUACCAGGACAUGAUAUAUGCAGUGGGCGGCCGAGAUGACACCACUGAGCUGAGCAGCGCUGAGAGGUAUAAUCCAAGAACCAACCAGUGGUCACCAGUUGUAGCCAUGACUUCCCGGCGCAGUGGGGUCGGCCUGGCUGUAGUAAACGGACAGCUGAUGGCUGUAGGAGGCUUUGAUGGAACGACGUACUUAAAGACGAUAGAGGUUUUUGAUCCGGAUGCUAACACUUGGAGGUUGUAUGGUGGCAUGAAUUACCGGCGCCUGGGAGGGGGAGUUGGAGUUAUCAAAAUGACACACUGUGAAUCUCACAUCUGGUGAACCUUUUACUGGAAAAAAAACCCCCACCACAGUAAUGGACACUGCCAGAGCGUUUCAGAUUUGUUCAAGCAGCCCUCAUAGUCAAUUGUUACAAGACGUUAUUUGCAAUUAUCAAUAAUAUUUUAAUUUGUUUGCCAUUUA